CUCACAUGCUUCACCUUGUCUCCCAGCCUACAAACCCCUCCUGCUUCAUGGCGCGCAGACAUUGAAACCGACGCCUCCUCGCCUCGUGCACCUCUCCUUAUCCUACGCACCCAUGCAACACCUCGAUCACGGAUCAGCAUCCACGUCAGGAGCUUCAUCCCCGGACAUUGGCUCGUCGAGGGGUAAGACAGGUGAUCCAUCAGCCAUCAAGCCAAAAGCACGAUCGAGAAAGAAGGUUGCCAAAGCGUGUCUGACGUGUCAGAAGAGUCAUUUGACAUGCGAUGAGAAGCGACCGUGUACCCGAUGCGUCAAGAAAGGUAUAGGCGAUCAAUGUGUCGAGGGCGUGAGGAAAAAGGCAAAAUACCUGCUCGAAGGAGAAGAGCGUCAUGCGUCUCGCCCACAUCCUACGCAUGUAUCCCCGGCCAAGACCACAAAGGCAGCCCUAGCCUCCGAUCCGUCAACGUUCGACCCGCGUCAGACUCACCUGGCGGCCCAGACCCCGACAGCUCCUGCGAAUUCGCUCCUCCCAGACAUACCGUAUGACCCCCCACUCACGGCUAGCACGUCUCAACAUGUUCCCGAAGAUGUUUGGCUCGCUGGGCCGCUCAACGAUUCGGAUGCAGUUGACAACAAAUGGAGUGACCCGUUCGCGGGAACCGCCUUCAACGACACGAAUGUCCCUUCUUCCUCCAUUUAUCUCACGGCAGCUGCAGACGAGUUCCAGAUGUUGGAUGCCAUGUUCGGUGGCCUCUCACCUAUAACACUUCCAGACAAUUUCAAUCCUAUCCCACCUUCCGACGCGCUGCUACUGGACCCAACCUCGCUGGGAUGUUCGACGGAUGGUCACGUCGGUCUGUGGGAGAACAAACCUUUCAUAUCGCCGUCUAGCUCAAACCCACUCCAAGCGAAAUCGUUCACCAAUGCAGCACAGACGGGAGACAUCGGCUAUCUCGGUCUCAAAGCGUGGUCCGAAGCUAUAGGCAAUGGCAUCAAGUUGGAUAUAGACGGAGGUGGACCGUUUCUUGAACCUCCGCAAAGGAAUACGAGGAGCUUGACACCGGGAGAGGUCUACAGGAAGAUCUUGAAGCCCUACGACUAUACAGAAGGAUAUCAUAUCUUGAUGGACUAUUUGACGAAAAACUUUGAUCGCAAGGACAUUUUGCGCGUCGUACAUGCCCUUGCCUCCUUCAGACCUAGUUUGAUAGCGCUUCAAAUGCCGAUGAGUGAAGAUGACGAGGUCUUCAUCGAGAGGUCUUUCCAGCGUACCAUGAUCGAACUCGAAAAGCUCAUCUCGUACUCUGCUACGCCGACAGCCGUCUGGCGAAGAACAGGCGAGAUCUGCUAUGCCAAUCCGGAAUUCUGUGCACUGUCCGGUAGGAACGAUGCAGAAUUGUACGGCAAGAAGAAUUACAUCUACCACCUAUUCGAAAAAUCAUCCGUCAUUUCAUACUGGGAAAACUUCUCAGUCCAUGCUUUUGAAAAUACGACGCAAAACUUUUUCCAGCCCACCACGCUGAGCGUUAAUGGAGUGUCUGUACCGUGUUCUUGCUGUUUUACCAUCAGACGGGAUGUCUUCGAUCUUCCUUCGGUCGUCAUCGGGCAGUUUUUGAGGAUUCCGGGGGAUAUCUGAGUUUACAUGUAUAAAUACAACC